AAUAUUUGGGCGCUAAAGCAAGGGCUUCACUUGCCUUAACCUUGACCCGCCCUUGAGUCCGCCGCCGCUUCCCGCAAAAAUGAACACUCCAGCACUUUCUGUCCGCCACAACCAUUUCCUCCACCGCGGCGCCACCGCCAUUCCACGACCACGCUCCAUCACCACCUCCACCUCCCCUUUCCGCGUCCGCAUGUCUCUCCAAGAGAACGGCCCAUCCGUUGCCGUCGUCGGCGUCACCGGCGCGGUCGGUCAAGAGUUUCUCUCCGUUCUCUCCGACCGUGAUUUCCCUUACCGUUCACUCAAACUCCUCGCAAGCAAAAGAUCAGCUGGUAAAUCAAUGAAAUUCGAAGACAGAGAUUAUACAGUUGAAGAGCUCACGGAGGAUAGUUUUGAAGGGAUAGAUAUAGCAUUGUUCAGUGCUGGCGGUUCUAUUAGUAAGAAAUUUGGACCGUUAGCGGCUCAAAAGGGGACUAUAGUGGUGGAUAAUAGCUCGGCGUUUCGAAUGGAUGAGAACGUGCCUCUCGUGAUACCCGAAGUGAAUCCUGAAGCAAUGGCGCAUGUGAAGCUAGGUUCUGGAAAAGGAGCGAUUAUUGCUAAUCCCAAUUGCUCUACUAUUAUUUGCUUGAUGGCUGUUACUCCUCUUCAUCGUCGUGCUAAGGUGACAGUUUGAUCUAUCAUGUUCUUUUUCCUGG